UUUUCCGCGCAGAGCUAACUGUUUACAUUUCAGCAACAUACGACGUUUGUGCCGCUUUACUACACAACUCAUGCGGUGGUUGGAGUUCAGAUUGAUGUCUGCUCAGCUGAGUUGUCUCCGGGGUUGUAGAUAAAACGUGACUGAUCACCUCCGGUGUUCACGCUCCGCUCCGGCCGUUAACGCCCCGCGAGCUGCAGCCACAUCAUGCCCGUGGUGCUGCGCUCCAGACGACGCCUCCAGCAGGGCAGCGGGGUCCGGUUACAGCCAGGACCGACGAGAAGGUCGACCCGCCUGCAGCCGAGACGUGAAUCUGAGUUCUGCCAGGAUUCAGAUGAGUCAGACCCUGAGCCUGUCCUGAGCCGAGUCAUGGAGAGGGAUCAACAUGAGCAGGAGGAGGAGGUGCAGGAGGUGGAGGAGGAGGAGCAGGAGGAGGAGGCUGCUGAUGAAGCAGAACUGGAACUGAAGCAUUGCAGUGUUUUGUUGAACCGUCUCCACCCUGAUGACAAGGCUCUGAAAAAAGAACUUGACAAUAAGGAAGACAUGAAUCGUAAAGGUGUGAAACCCUUCUCUCGGAUCCCUACAUUCCAGAAACGACCCAUCAGCACCAGUCUGAACACAGAGCCUCCUGUCCCUAAACAAGAUACUCCAGUUCAUAGAACUCAGCCUCCCGAAGAAGCUACAAGUGGAAGUGAGGAGGCUUCACAGUCUAAACCAGCUGAUGUUAGAGACACUGCACUCCCCCUGCCAUCGGCUCACAGUCCCAAAACCAUCUCUGAGUCUCCCUUUGUGCCUGGAAGCAUGGACCAAGAUGCUACAGCACAUUACGGUUAUUUAAAUGCUGCACCCAAAGGUUGGGGUCUGUCUGAGACUGGUUGGAGUCUUAUGACUGCGAGCCCCAGGGCUGCUCUCCGAUCCGAGCAAGACACAAGUAGUACCUUAGGAAGCGAAGCAGGUACCAUCCCAGACUCCCCUGAAAGCUCUGUCUCACAUGAGAGCUCCCUCAGCCAGAACCCUCAGGAACAGAACAGGUUCAUGCUCACUUCCAGUGGAGACACGGAGAUCGCUGAGGUCAGCCAAGUGGCAGCCAUUAUGGAUGAAGAACCACCAUGGGAGGUGGAGCUGAUGAAGGAGGCUGAACAGAACGAUAGCACAUCUUCAUCAGGUGCAGAGUCUGAGGAGGAUUUGGGAAGUGAAAAAUGUGAGGGUGGCACCUCGGAGCUUCAUGAACCAUUAGCACAACAGUCAGAGAGUGUAAAUCUUGAAAAGGAUAAACAUAAUAAAUCCAGCUCUCCUGUAGCACUGGAGGAGCCUGCUAAAGUGAGCUCAGCCAAGUUGACAAAGAGGUCUAGAUGCCCAUGUUUGGCCCUUCUCUUCAUGCUGCUUCUGGGAGGAUUUGGUCAGUAUGUGUGGCACUAUGGGCUCCCCAUGUCUGUGGCUCAGCUGACGGCUCAGCUGGAGCUUCACUGGCUGCAGGGCCUCUGCCUGCUACCAGAACCUUGUAGCACAGAUUGUCGAGUGCAGCUGGUGGAAAGCAUCCCCAUUGGUCUGUACCCAUCCUCUGAUUUGUCCAGCACAAGCACUUCAAACAGCUGGCUGCAUCUGCUGGACACGGCCAACAGCUCAGUCCAUAUCACUGCUUUUUACUUCAGCCUGCGAGGCAGUGAUGAGGAGUCAGCUGAGCGUUCUGACUCUCAGGGCAGAGAAGUCUUUGAGCAGCUGAAGCAACUUGAAUCUAAAGGUAUCAAACUCCAAAUAGCUGUCAAUGCCCCUCAGACCUCAACUCAGGAAACAGCAGAACUGGCUGCAACAGGUGCACAAGUCCGAGAGGUGGACCUCAAGGCUGUGACUGGAGGUAUAGUGCACACCAAGCUGUGGGUGAUUGACCAGAAGCACUUGUACAUAGGAAGUGCUAACAUGGACUGGCGCUCUCUCAGUCAGGUGAAAGAGGUGGGCCUGUCAGUGGAAGACUGCAGCUGCUUGGCUCAGGACGCCUUUCGGUUAUUUGAAGUGUACUGGAGCAUCGGGGGUGUGACAAACAAUGUUCUUCCACUGUUCUGGCCCGCUCGCCUCUCUGCGCUGUCCAGUGCAGACAAACCUCUACAGCUAAAGUUCAACGGAGUGCCUGCUCAGGUCUACUUAUCUAGUUCUCCUCCACAAAUAUCAGCCCGUGGACGCUCAGACGACCUGUCUGCUAUCUUGUCUGUUAUCAAUGAUGCCCAGAAGUUCAUUUACAUUUCUGUUAUGGACUACCUCCCUCUGUCUGAGUUCACAAAGCCCCUCAGAAAAUUUUCACAGUGCCUUCAACUGAGGAGCAAGAGAAAAUCCCUUUUGCCCGUGUGAACCAUGCUAAGUACAUGGUCACAGACAGAGUGCUCUAUAUAGGGACGUCCAACUGGUCAGAGGACUACUUCACUCGCACUGCCGGUGUUGGUUUGGUGGUGAACCAGACAGGUUCUGUGGUUGAAGAAGACCAGCUGACUGUGCAGAGCCAAGCAGAACAGCUCUUUGUUAGAGACUGGAACUCUGAUUACACAACCUUUCUCUCCACAGAUGAUGUAAACGUCUGCCCUCACCACCACCGCUGACGGCUUUUUGUUCAGUAAACUGCAUUACAUGGUGGAUGUGCCUCUUACUGGCUCCUGCUACUUGAAUUUUAUUUUAACUAUACAGAUUUGAUUUGCUGUAAAUGUUUGGAUGUUAAAGCUGCCUACUUGUUUCUGUAUAAAAUUGCAUUUAAAAAUGGUUGAAAAACAAAAUAUACUCUAAUGACUCAACGGUUGAGGCAAGCAUCUUUUUGCAAGAUAAUUUGUGCCUAGAGCAAUUUGUAAACAUUCCUGUAAAUGUUGUGCCAAGUUUGAACAAUCUCAGCCUGAAAUAACAUUUUCUAAAGGGUGUGUACUGACGACAUGUUUACACUGCAGAAUCUUUUCAUCUGUGUCGAUGUGUUGACAAAUGCUGUCAGUUUUUUCUUUUUAUUAAAUGGCUAAUCCAAAGAGUGAAAUACAGUUUAAAUGUGCACUUAAGUUUUAAAAAAAAGUUCAUAAAAUUUGUUUUCCUCAUUAGAUGUGAAAGGCAUCUGAUGAUCACUUCUGCAGUCUUUCCUCCAUCACCAGGGCUCAUCUGUAGACCUGUGUUAAAGGGAGCUCCUGAAUCUGGAUGGAAAACAGUCUGACCAACAGCAACCUUUGAUGUUGUCAUAAAUAAAGUUCACUCAUCUUCUGGA